AGGCGGCGCGCGCCACACCUCCCCGGGAGGCGAUGUCGGCGGGCGGGAGCCGGGAGGCGUCCGCGGAGGCCGCCGCCCACCCGCCCGAAGCCCCGGAGGCGGCGCGGCGCGGGGCCCCGGCGCGGGCCGAGCGUCCGGGCGUCCUGUUGGAGCGGCUGGUCCUCCAUUACCGGCUCCGCCACGGGGCGCGGGGCCCGGCGGGUCCGGGUCCGGGUCCGGGUCCGGGUCCGGGCGGGGCGCUGGCGUGCUGCGGCUGCCGGGGCUUCCUCAGCGAGCCGGUGACGGCGGCCUGCGGACACAGCUACUGCGGCCGCUGCCUGCGCCGCCAGGUCCGGGCGCGCUGCCGCCUGUGCCGGGCCCGCCUCGACCCGCCGGCGGCCGCCGCGCCCCGGCCCAGCGUGCUGCUCACGCACCUGGCCGACAAGUGGUUCCCCGCCCAGCGGGAGCGCGCCCGCCACGCCGCGCGCCUCGGGGACCUGCUGGCGCAGGGACGCUUCACCGACGCCCUCCGACACGCCGACCACGCCCUCGCCGCAGAGCCUGGUGACUUGACAUUAAAAGUUUACAGAGCUGAAUCGUAUGCUGGUCUACAAGAGUUCAAGGCAGCCAUAGAAGAUCUAAAUGCAGUGCUCUCUCAGCUGCCAAAUUGGCCCGAGGCCUACUUCAGGAAAGGAAAAGUUCUUCAUGCGGCAGGCUGUGUUGGUGAUGCCUUACAACUCUUUCUUCAGUGCUUAGCCCUCGAUGAGGAUUUUGCACCAGCAAAACUAGAAGUUGAAAAGAUUUUGUGUGACUUAUUGUCACCAGAAAAUGUAAAAGAAGGUCUGAAGGAAUCUUCCUGGAGUUCGCUACCGUAUAUUCGAAAUAAAUCUUUUGUUCUCGGUUCGGAAAGGGAAGAGUCCUGCUGCCACUUACAGUUUUGCUCACAACAGAAUGAAGAAGUGCCAGAGGUCACUUCGGAGCCUGUCAGAGGAAGCCUGAAUCGUGCCCAGUCUGCACAGACUCUUAACUCCCCAGAAAUGCUCACCAAAGAAGAUGGUUUGAAAAGAGUUUCUUCUGAGCCCCUUCUCUCUGGUCAAGAAAAAAAUACGCUGCUGAAAAGGAAGCUGUCUCUCCUGGAACAAGAUGUUAUAGUGAAUGAAGAUGGCAGAAAUAAACAUAAAAAACAAGGAGACACGACAAAAGGGCUUGCGGUGAUGUCACUGGCGUGUGGGAACGUCCCAGAAGAUCUGAUAGAUGUGUCCGAUUUUGAGUGCUCUUUGUGUAUGAGGUUAUUUUUUGAACCUGUGACAACUCCUUGUGGACAUUCUUUCUGCAAGAACUGCCUCGAGCGUUCUUUAGAUCACGCACCGCAUUGCCCCCUUUGUAAAGAAAGCUUGAAAGAGUAUCUGGCAAACAGACGGUUUAGUAUCACCCAGCUCCUGGAAGAAUUAAUACAGAAGUAUCUCCCCGAGGAACUGGCUGAGAGAAAAAGAAUUUAUGAUGAAGAAAAUGCUGAACACUCAAACUUGACCAAGAAUGUCCCAGUAUUUGUUUGCACUAUGGCAUACCCCACCGUGCCUUGCCCCCUUCACGUGUUUGAGCCAAGAUAUCGACUGAUGAUUAGGAGGUGUAUGCAGACUGGAACUAAACAGUUCGGGAUGUGUGUCAGCGACUCUCGAAACAGUUUUGCAGAUUACGGCUGCAUGCUGCAAAUCAGAAAUGUUCACUUCUUACCUGACGGACGAUCCGUGGUGGAUACCGUGGGAGGAAAGCGAUUUAGAGUUCUGCAGAGGGGAAUGAAGGAUGGCUACUUCACUGCCGACAUCGAGUAUCUCGAAGACGUUGAGGUCGAAGAUGAGGGAGAGCAAAAGAACCUCAAGGAGCUUCAUGAUCUGGUGUACUCUCAGGCCUGCAGCUGGUUCCAAAACUUAAGAAACAGGUUUCGCAGUCAAAUCCUGCAGCACUUCGGGUCGAUGCCGGAGAGAGAAGAAAAUCCUCAGGCCCCUCCCAAUGGGCCGGCCUGGUGCUGGUGGCUCCUGGCGGUCCUCCCCGUAGACCCUCGCUAUCAGCUGUCCGUCCUGUCCAUGAGGUCUCUGAGAGAGCGCCUGGUGAAGAUACAGCACAUCCUGGUCUAUUUUUCUAGAGACCAAUCUAAGUGACACUCUGCCCCCUCCGCACACCUAGCGCCGGUUUCGGGAGCGGGACCCCAACCGCGCUCUCUCCCCCGCGACCUCCCCGAACCUCAGCCCGGCCGCCAGGCUCGAGACCGCCGAUCCCUCGCCCAGAAAGGGCCGACCGUCCACGCCGGUGGCGGGGAAUCCUCUCUGACGCGCGGACCGAGGAGCGGAGUCGCCGGGACUGAAGGGAGAGAGGACUUGGGUGUUUCGCCGCGGGCUCGGCCGAGGGUCCCGGCCCAAGUUUACAAAAACUAGGAACACAUUCAAGUUUUCAGCGUGUUGAACUUGCCUCAGACUUAACCGUCCUACUUGCUACUAUUUGCACAACCAUGUGAACUCUAGUACCGAAUGUCGCCGUCGGCCGGGGAGACGUCUCCUGCCGAACCGUCUCGACGGCCAAUAUGGCACGGACUCUUCAUCGUGUAAAAUAUUUGGUCUCUCUAGAGCUGCCCAGAACCCGGAGGCUGAACUCCUCGAUGUCACACAUCCCUUUUUUUUUUUUAAUUUUUAUUUUCAGGAACAGUUGCAAACCUUAACACGGUACUGUGCUUCUAUUCAAAACUACACUUAAAACUGUGAAAAAACUGGUUUACAUAGAGGUGUACAUAGAGUUGAGUGGGGCAGUUCCCCAAUUCAGUACCCUGGUAGUUCGCAUGUUUGGGGGCUUUUGACACUUGAGCAUUUAGAUAGAUAGUUAGAGCUUCAAAGAGGCAGAAGUGGUAGCCUGGAAACGUUAGGAAUUGCGUAGUGUAAACCCACUAGAGAAAAGACUUUAUGUAGAACCAACCGAAGGUUUUGUUUUUUUUGUUGUUUUUUUUGUUGGUGGUUUUUUUUUUGUAUGGUUUUGGUGCGAACGUUAGAAUUCUCUGCCUUACUCAUAUGGAUAAUAGGGCUCACUGCAGUGGCACGAUCGGUAUUCAUGCAGCCCUAGGUACUUUUAUAAUUAUUCGUUGCAAACACGUGACCGUCCGAUACUGGCUUUCUUUUAUGUAAGUCAUUUGUAAACAUUUCUUAUCAAUUUUGCUUUUGCUAAUAUUUAAUUUUCAAUAAAAAUUAAGUUCGUAA